GGCGAGGGUUUGCUUCAAAAAGUAGGUGGGGCUCAUAAUCUAGGCUCGUUCGGCGGCGUUCAAAAGGAGGCGGUGGGGCUCGAGAUGAUGCCGCACGUUUUGCUACUGACUUUAGCCGUCAGUAUCUACUGUGGGUGCUCUACGCCUACAAGGCGAGACACGACCCCUGUGACGUACCUCACAUACUUCGCGUUGGACAAUCCGAUGGAACUUCACCCUCUCACUAUAUCGGAUGUAGACGAAUGCUCUAGUCCGAUAAUAGUACUUGGGGGCAUACCAAUUGGCAAAAUUAGAGCUCCUAAUAUCUCGGUUUGUGAGAAUGGGGUUAUCCUAACUGAGCCAACCCAUUUGAGAUCAUCUCUCUGCGUGUGUAGAGGCGAGUUUAAAACUUGUGAAGAUCCCGGAGAAUCUAUAUAUGCCAUCGCACCGUUUUGGAGUAAUAUCAACAACGUCUUUGCAACGCACAAUGCCAGCAUAUCCUAUCAAACUUUCGAGCGAAGCAACAGUUCGCACACUAGGAUUUUUGAACGUGUCUUGGGCUGGAUCUCUCGUGAGCAAAAUAUGGCGGGGAGUAUACAGUUUUUUCCAACGUGGAUGCUAGUUGCUCAAUGGAAAAAUGUGCAUCCGUAUACCAGGCCAAAUGAGAUCGAUCCAAGGACAAAUACCUUUGAAACAAUACUAGUGACCGAUGGAACACAAACAUAUGCUGUUUUCACAUACAACUGUUCAGACCUGGGCUGGGCUAGAGCUUCAAAUACUUUUGUGGCUUCUGACUGCUCAUUUAUUGGAAAUUACAUUGGUGGAAGUUUCACUAAUUAUCUACCUGAAACAAGAGCCUAUGGGUUGCAAAUAGAUAAUAGAACAGCUAACAUAUCCAGAGCUGCUUCAUGCUCUAAUCCGACAACAUGGAACAAUUUCCUAUUCAAUCUUACACCUCAGCGAGUCGUGAAUAUUACUGUAAGAGAGGAAACAGUUGCAGUAGUAAUUGGAGGUGCCAUUACUAUUCAAUUCUACAUCAGCACAUUUGUACAGCAAGAUUUUAUGAUAAAGCUUUCGUUUGUUCCUGAAAUUCCAUACACCACGGAAAAUUCUUCCCAUUAUUUUGCAUGCAAUGGACUGAGUGAAGCAGUUACAAUUGCUGGCAUUGAGAUCAUUACCAUCUGCUCAGCUGGAAGUGUGAAUGUGACUGUUUUAAAUGUAACGGAGGGAGCAUUGGGAGAAUAUACCGUUUCUGUAAAUGUUGAUGAAACAGUAGGUGACACAGCCUUGAGCAAUCUCAAGCUUGAAGAUGUCGUUCUUUCUGAAAACCUCCUUCUGAAGACUUCAGAUCCAUUGCUACUAACUUCAGAUGACAUUGCCUCUGCGAGUGCUGAUUUGCGAGAUCUACAGGCAGCUGCACUUACCAAUGCAAAUGUUCGACAAAAUUAUUUGAAAACGAUUGAUAACCUGAUGCAGGCAGAUGGCAGUUUAAUUGUACAAAGUCAAAUAGAAAACAAUUCCUCUUCUAGGAUACUAGACACCCUCCAGGAGUUUACACUAAAUGUAGAACUACCUGCUAAUAUGACUAAUGAGACAUAUGUUUUUGAUACCUAUGGCUUUGUACUUUUCGACAUAAACCCAAAGCAAUUCAUGAAGAGGAACAUUGGUGCCAACCUAGGACCUCCUGAAGUAGUGAAGAACAUUACAAUACCAGUGAAUAUCAGCUUCUCUGGUGACAUAGAGCAAGAGGGAUUAACAGUGUUCGUAGAAGUUAACGACAACAUGUCAAAUGAGCUUAGACUCUCGGUAGUGGUUUACAGACAGGAGAACUUGUUUCAGAAUAAUGAAACUGGUGCGAAUAUUACAUCAGCAGUAGUGUCAAUAUCAGGAAAACCUAGUAGUGGUCCAUCAUUAACCAUGGGGUUUCUAAGACUUGUUGAAGAUGAUGAGAGUGAAAGUGGAAAUGAGGUUAGAAAAAUCAAAAUAUAAAGUGUUUACUUAUCCAUCCAUUCCAUGCAGCAUCAAGAAGUCUGCUCAAAUUUCAAUACUGGUGGAAAUGGUAGACAAUUCUCUAAAAGUAUAAUACAUAGUCAUCAAUAUUUAUCUUUAUGUAGGUGGCCGGGGAGCAUGGUCCAGCGAUAGCUGUGUGGAAGUCAGUUGCACUGCAAGUGACAGUAACUAUACCUGCUGUGAGUGCCACACAUAUGGACACUUUGGUCUGCUUCUGGUAAGCUAAUUCCGCAGUUAACACGUUAACUUUGCAUUGUAUGCAUUUAGGCUGUGACACCAGUGAUAUUGGACAGGCACUUUGAGGUGGUAUUAGUCGUGUUCUCAUACAUAGGAGCUGCCACUUCUAUCAUAAGUAUCAUUAUACUUCUCAUUACCUACAUUAUGGCAAAGAAACUUCGCAGUUCUACCAGUGGAAAAUUGCUUGUCAAUUUGGGUGUAGCUCUAUUGGGGAUAUAUGUGUUCUUCGUUGUAGGCGGUCACAUACGACCAUAUGGGGAAACACACAUUGUCGAUAUUGCAUGUGGAAUAAAUUCAGCUAUUCUACAUUACUUCAUGUUAGCGUACUUUGGGUGGACUGCUGCAGAAGCUCUCAACCUCUAUUUCAGCCUUGUGAAAGUGUUUGAAGCUAAAUCGAUCAGCCAUUACACAGUCAAAGCUGGACUUAUAAUAUGGGUUAUUCCACUUGGAAUUGUCGCUAUUUCAGCUGGAGCAGGACACACAUUUUAUGUCAAUGAUGUGUAGUAAGUGACGUAGCAUUUCAA